AUGCGGCAACUACUGACCCUUUUCAUCCUCGCCCUCAUCCCCGGCUUUCUAAGGGCGGCCGAGUACCACGAGCAGCUCAACCUCCGUCCGCUCCCUCUCAACGCUCUCCUCGCGAGCUUCAACUUCCGCUCCAACACGUCCCUCGCCGACUUCAAGGCUCACAACUUCCGUCUCUUCCCGCGCUCCCUCGGCCAGAUCCUGCAGUACGCCGGCACCCGCGAGCUGCACCUCCGCUUCACCCUCGGCCGCUGGGACGCCGAGAGAUGGGGGGCCCGCCCCUGGGAUGGCGCGAGGGAAGGCGGCACCGGCGUCGAGCUCUGGGCCUGGCUCGACGCCAAGACGGACGAGGAGGCGGAUGAGAACUGGUUGACGCUGACGAAUGCGCUCUCGGGCCUGUUCUGCGCCUCGCUCAACUUCAUCGACGGCACCAGGACCAUCCGGCCCGUCGUCUCCUUCCAGCCGGAGGGUCACCAUUCCGACGACGCGCUCGCCAGCACGAGGUUGCUCCACGGCGUGCUGCCGCACGAGGUCGUCUGCACCGAGAACCUGACGCCCUUCCUCAAGCUGCUGCCGUGCAAGGGCAAGGCGGGCAUCGCAAGCCUGCUCGACGGUCACCGGCUGUUCGACGCCUCCUUCCAGAGCAUGGCCAUCGACGUGCGCCCCGUCUGCGCGCCGGACGGCGAGUGCGUCCUGCAGAUGGAGCAGACCAUCGACAUGGUCCUCGACGUCAAUCGGUCGAGGCGACCCAGAGGUAAGCGACGCGGCUCCCCGACGUCGACGGCGGCGGUGGUGAAGCGAGCGAGCGACGUGCUGACGGCCAGGACAGACAACCCGAUCCCGCGGCCGCCUCCGGUCGAGGAGCUGGUGUGCGACACGUCGAAGCUGUACCACGACGAGUCGACCUGCUAUCCCGUCGACCACCUCGUCGGGCAGCACUGGGACUUUAUCGACCUCUUCGGCCGCUACAUGCGAGGCACCUGUCCCCUCGCCGACGCCGAGGUGCCGCCCGUGUGCCUGCACGUGCCCGACGCGCUCGACGUCUACUCCAGCAUGGACGUGCAGGAAAUCAGACGCUCGGACGGCAUGUCGCGCUGCUUCGUCAUGACGGCCGACAACGAGUUCUCCCUCAUCCUGGCCAAGCCGGCCAUGGAGGCGGCCAAGAUGCGGGAGGUGGUGCCGCCCGAGAGGCCGUUGCUUUUUGCCGAGCGCAGCUUCACGGGCCACGGGCAGGAGCACGGCGGCGUGCAGACGAUCCUCACGAACCCGGGCGACGGCGAGGUCGAGUUCGUCUACAUGGAGUCGCUCCCCUGGUUCAUGCGCAUCUACCUCCACACGCUGUCGACGCGCAUCUCGUCGACGGGCGUGGGCCAGGCGGCCGACAACUCGUCGGCCAUCAUCAAGGAGAUUUACUACCGGCCCGCGCUCGACCGCACGCGUGGGACCCAGCUCGAGCUGGUGAUGCGCAUCCCACCCUCGUGCACCGUCUUCCUCACGUACGACUUUGAGAAGGCGAUCCUGCGCUACACGGAGUACCCGCCUGACGCGAACCGCGGCUUCGACGUGGCGGCGGCCGUCAUCACCACCCGGGCGCCCCGCCGCGGCCUCUCCCUCCGCACCACGAGUCUGCUGCUGUACCUGCCGACGCCGGACUUUAGCAUGCCCUACAACGUCAUCAUCUUCACGUCGACGACGAUUGCCUUGACCUUUGGCGGCCUGUACAACAUCCUGGUCCGGAGGCUCGUGGGCGCCGACGAAGCGCCGGCGCCAUUGCUCAAGGCCAAGUUGACCAAGCUGCUCGCGAUGCUGAAGCGAGCCAAGAAUUAG